GAGUAAACUCUGCGCAGCUUUAGGCGACCCAGCAGUAGCGGUUUCGCAGGCCUGCCAGGAUGGCAGAGUCCGGGCCCUUCCCGCUGAUGGUCGAGGGGUCUUGGGGCCUAGACCCCCCGAAGACCUUAAUCAACAAGUUGCAAAUGUACUUCCAGAGCCGAAAGAAGUCGGGCGGAGGGGAGUGCGAGGUCGUCCCACAGCCCGGGAGCCCGGCAAGCUUCCUGGUGCUCUUUUCCCCGGAGGACGUUCGGCAGAAUGUUCUGAAGAAAGAGAAUCAUGAGUUAGUGUGGCCAGGAAAAGGAACAUUCAAGUUAACUGUCCGGUUGCCCGAAGACUCAGAGAAAGCCUCAGUCUCUAAGGAGGCAGUUCCAGAUAAGGAAUCUGAGACAAAAAAGGAAGCUACAGUAAAAGGGCUUUCCAUGACAAUGAGACACUCCUGCUCCUGGCAGCACCAAUCUACUUCAAAAGGAAGUAGGGCAUUGAAAAGGCACCUUAUGGAGUUUGAUAGCCAUUUGGGCAAGAAACUGUUCUUGCCUGGACUGUUGCAUAAUAGACACGAAGAACCCACAGAAAGAGGACUGCUGAACUUGCCUAAAGUUUCCUCAGAUGAUUUGGAUACAGCACAUUCUCCUAGCAACAGAACAGAAGAUGUCUCCAAAGAAUGUGAAACUGUUCCCUCCAUGGUGGCUUUUGAAAACCUGCCUGAGAAAGUGACUGUCAUAGUGCUGACCAUCCUGGUGGAGAAUAUAAGCGGCUUCUCUAGUGACGACUUUAAGGUGGAAGUGAUCCGAGAUUUUGGUGUUGCCGUGGUUACCUUUCAGAAGCCUAUAGAUACCAAAAAAUUUAUUAUUGAUUGUAUCAGUCACCAUUCGAACCGACAGCUACAGCUUGCGCCGAGACUUCUGGAAACAACAAAUGUAGUUAGGGUGGAAAACCUGCCUCCUGGGGUAGAUGACUACCAGCUGCAGCUCUACUUUGAAAACCCUUUCAAUGGGGGCGGAAGAGUCACCCAGGUCGAGUGUUUCCCAGAAGAGAGCGCGGCGCUGGUUGAGUUUUCAGACUGCAAAGUGUUAGACACCAUUCUGGCCAAGAAGCACAGUUUCAACAGGAUGCCACUGUCUGUCUUCCCCUAUUAUCCUUCUCUGGGCACAGCCUUGUAUGGCGAUGAGAAGCCGCUGGUCAAGCUUCCAGCAUCUUUCCAAGAGUCACUGGGCCUUCCUUUGUGGAAGUUCUUUCAAAAACAUAACCAUCUGAUAAAGGAGAUAAAUGACCAAAUGAGACGCUGUCACUGUGAGCUAACAUGGUCUGACAUCAACGGCACAGUGACCGUCAGACCUGCUGCCACCUUNGAGAGAGCAUUUUCAUAUGAAUUUGACAAAAGGAGUCAUGGAAAUCCAAGUGACACCCAAGGUUUUUAUGGGAGUCUCUCCAGCCCUACCUUAGGAGUGCAUGAAAUGAAUAUUGGCCCGAUCCUCUUCCAAGUGGCCACGGGGGACAUCACCAAAGAAGCGGCAGAUGUGAUUGUCAAUUCAACAUCAAACACAUUUGAUCUCAAAUCAGGAGUCUCCAAAGCAAUUUUGGAAGGUGCAGGACCAAGUGUGGAGAACGAAUGUUCUGUCUUGGCUCAGCAGAACAGUGAGUACAUAGUUACUGAAGGUGGAUCACUGAGAUGCAAGAGUAUUAUUCACGUUGUUGGUGGGAAUGACGUGAAGAGAUCAGUUUCCUGUGUUUUGGAAGAAUGUGAACAACGGAACUACUCAUCCAUUUGCCUACCAGCCAUUGGCACAGGAAGUGCUCAACAGGACCCAGAUGCAGUUGCUAAAGCCAUAAUGGAUUCCAUUGAAGAAUUUAUCCAGAAAACAUCAGUGCGGGCUGUGAAGAAAGUCAAAGUUGUUAUCUUCCAGCCUCAUAUCCUGAGUGUUUUUUAUGACAACAUGAAAGACAGAGAAGGCUCCCCAGCUCCUCCCCAGCCGUCUCUACUGUCUAAGAUCACCUCCUUUUUUGGCUUUUCAAAGCACACUCCGCACAAACAGGAGACCCUGUUUUUGGAGAAGAAAAUAGAGCAGACAGUUUUCCAGGUAUGUGGCAUAGAUGAAGACAGUGUGGAACGCACGAUCUCCUGGAUACAGAAUCUGAUCAACAAAGAGCAGCUACCCUAUAGCAGUGUUGAUGAGUGUGUCAGAGACUUUGGUGAGAAGGAGUACAAGAAGCUGAAUGAGCUGCAGGAGAGGCUGAAUAUCGUCAUUGAGCUGGACAAGAAGACACCUUUGAUUAAAGUUGCAGGAAUCAGCAGAGAUGUGAUGGGAGCUAGAGAUGAGAUUGAAAACCUGAUCAAGAGCAUCCGGUUGGCUAAAGAGAAGGAAAGCCAGGCAGACUAUGUCCUCUCAUUCGUGGAAUGGCGAUAUAUUGUCAACAACGUCACACACUGUUUCGACAAAAUGACUAACAUGCAGUUGGAGAACGCACGGCAGGCAAAGCACAGGAGCACUGUUGUCAAAAUUAAUAAUCAGGACUUCACAGUGAACUUGAGGACGAACAUGGCCACAGGCCCUCAAGGACAGAGUGUCACAGUUCAGCGCAUCUUAAAAGAUGAAGCUGAAAUCCCUUCAAAUUGGAGUGACAUGAGGCAGAAGAAAUUGCUUGUGGUCAGUCUGCAAACCAAUAAUCCUGAGUAUAUCAUGGUGGCAAACCAGUUCCACCAGACCUGCCAAAACUUCGUCAUAGAGAACGUAAGUCGGGUGCUGAGUUUUCUAAUGGAAACGUUACAUAGUUAAGUAAGUGAUAUUACCCAUGUUCCUGAAUAAACCCACUCAUAUAUGGGUCUGGAGGUGGCCCAUGGGUCAAGAUUUUGUAUUGUGGGAUGGAAAGAUGGCUCUUCGGUUUGGAGCACUGGUUGCUCUUCCACACAUCCUGAGUUCAGUUCCCAGCAUAGUGGCUCACAACCAUCUGUAUUGAGUUCUGGUGCCCUCUUCUGGCCUAUAGGAACACAUGCAGGCAGAACAUGAUAUUCAUAAUUAAUUAAUUAAUUAAAAGAUUUUGUUUUGCGCUGUCAGAGGACCACAAGUUCCAAGUUUGGUAUCCAGACCCACAUCAGGUAGCUUACAACAGCCUGAAACUGUAGCACUUAUCU